ACGUGUGCCAGGCGGAGGGGGACUGAGCGCCGCAGCCUGUGGAAUCAUUCGCUUGAUUCAUUGGCAAAGCAGUGGCUAUGCUGCCCACCGGGCGCUCGUUCCCACAGCGGUAAGUGCCUGAGAACGUCCUCUAAAAGAGAAAUAAAAGAGAAAUACAUCAGCGCUGCUUUUAGAUGAGUGCUUCUCGCUGCGACUUCCCAGUCUGUUAUUCCUGAGAAUGGAUUUUCGAUUUAAUUUUUUUCCUGAUGAAGAUGAAAGUAAGGAGCCCAGCGCUCACAGUGAGACAGAGCCAUGUUCUCCAACACACGAACACCCAGAGACGAGGCUGCCAGAGAAAAAAGUCUGCAUCAAAGCUGCCAAGGAGCACUACAUCCCCGCAGAUGUCAGUAAGGUACUGGAAAAUAAAAUCCUGGAAACAGUAUCAGGGCUGUACUAUGUAAAUAUGUCUGUUGUGGAACUGACGUGCCAAGAUGGCAUCCACGAAGAAGAUAUUGUGUCAAAAAGUGUUUCUUCUCACUCUGAUCUCAUCCCAGGAGUCUAUGAGGGAGGACUGAAAAUCUGGGAGUGCACCUACGAUCUGAUGGAUUUCCUUUCUGAAGCCAAAAUCCAGUUUGCCAACAAGACAGUGCUGGAUCUUGGCUGCGGGGCUGGACUGCUGGGAAUAGUCGCCUUAAGGGGAAAUGCUGAGAAAGUCCACUUUCAGGACUACAACAGCACGGUGAUUGAGGAAAUAACCAUGCCUAACGUGGUGGCUAACUGUAUAAACGAUGGCAAUAAGGCUGAUGACAGAAAGAAUAUUAAGCCUCCUUCAAAGAAACGCAAGAAAUCAGAGUGCCUGCCUGACAAGCUCACCAAGUGCAGGUUUUUCUCUGGAGGGUGGUCUGAAAUCAGCCAGUUCCUGUUAAGCAGCAGCAAGCCCUGUUCAAAAUACGAUCUAAUUCUCACGUCUGAGACCAUCUAUAACCCCAACUAUUACGGUGCUUUGCAUGAUACACUGGCUCAACUGUUGGCUAAAAAUGGCCGUGUGUAUUUGGCAAGCAAAGUGCAUUAUUUUGGGGUUGGUGGGGGUACCUACCUCUUUGAAAAAUUCCUUGAGGAGAGGAAGGUGUUUAGGAGCAGCAUAGUGAAAGAAGUUGAGGAAGGGCUAAAGCGCUUUAUUUUGGAAAUAGCCUUUAAAGAUUCCACUUAACAUGAAUUCCAGCAGUGCUCCACAAUUAUUUUGAUAAAGACGAAAUAUUUUUAUCCUCAUGUAUUUUUUUUUAAUUUUACUGGGUUAUUCAAAAUGGAUGAGUUAAUGUUGUUCUUUUCUAGCUACUGAACUGUUUGACAAAUUCUGAUUUUGGUAGAAAAGUAUAGUUCUGCAUAAAAUAUCAUCUCUUCAGCCCAUUUUGUUACUUGUAUGUGUUUAAAAAUAAAGCAAGUCACUGUUCCCAG